UCGCUGCACAAUCAUCUCACACUGUGCCUGAUACCCGUAUGAAUUGCUGUUCAGGAGAUAACCCAGCAUGGGGAUGAACAAGCAAGAGUUCUUUAUUGAAGUGCUCAGUGACGGUGGCCAAACAGUGAAGAUGUCUCGGAAAGGCCAAUUUGAGUCCAUAGCGUACGCAUUGCAGUACCUAGUAUUUGCCUACGACAAGGCUCUGACCAAGCUUCCACAAGGCUGAGCUGUUGCGCCCCUCGUUGGGCUCUGCUUUACUUUGGUCUGUAUGACCUUCUGGAACUCGCAACACUGGCUUGAUUCCUUCAGAACAGACACCGCCUGCUGGGAACGUUUCAGCUGAAAUUGCUGUUAACGAUGGACGAAUUUGAGUACCAAGCACUGGAUGCCAAUCAAAGGCAAGAUCUCAGACUCUUACGGAUGCUCGAAUCCUCUGGAACCACCAUACGCUGCGAACUCUUCCACACUACAUACGCGCUCCAGCCAUAUGAAGCCCUCUCUUACACAUGGGGCAAUGCAGAAUUGGUGGACGAGAUCGAAGUGAACGGAAAGAGCCUUUGGAUUACAGAUAAUCUACACACCGCCCUGGGAUAUCUCCGCUUACCACGCCAGGACCGCGUCCUAUGGAUCGAUGCUAUCUGCAUUAAUCAAACAGACCUACAAGAGCGACGUGAGCAAGUGGAAAGAAUGGGCGAGAUCUUUAGGGGGGCAACACGGGUCAUAUUUUGGCUUGGUAAGGCUACGCGUGAGAUCAAUAUGUUCUUGGAUGCUUUUAAUGAAUUGGAACGCAUGUGCAAGGAAAGAUGCCUUGAUAUGAGUCUUUGGUCGUCGAGCGACCAGCAAUGGUCUGACCUGAAGUUGGACUUUACAUCGCAGCAGUCUGCGAAAGGCAAGUCAAUGUCAUCGCUGCUAAAGGGCUUCCAAACAAUCCUUCAAAGGCCGUGGUUUCGACGUAUCUGGAUCGUUCAAGAGGUGGCAAGGGCAUGGUCAGCCUUAAUCUGCUGUAGUUCGAGAUCUUUGUCCACUGAAAUCUUCUUUCUGACCCCGAUGAUAUUGGACACUCGAAUAGACAGACAUUGUCACGCUGUGCUUGAGAUCAUGCCCGGGCCAGGAAGGUACCAUUCGUGGUUUCGUGAGCACCUUGACCUAUAUACACUCCUUGCUAUGUUCUGCAGAAGCGAGGCAACAGAUGAACGGGACAUGAUAUAUGCCUUACUUGGUCUAGCAGCUGACUCGUCAGCUAUCUCGAUGCUGGCUGCAGACUAUGCGGAUCCCAUAACAAGUGUUCUCCAGAAGACCGUCCACUAUCUCACAAGCAAGACUCGCCUGCCAAUGAUUCUGAACUAUCUAACGUUUUUCCAAUCCGUCACGGUUGUCUACUUGACUUCUGGUGAGAACGCCCAUGAAGUCCUUGAUAAAGAGCUGGAUCAAGGAAUUCAAAAACGCCAUUCCGAAGAGCGCUCUUAUGAUUUCACCAUUGAAGAAAAGACAGCCGAGUCGCCGACGUGCUUCAAGCAGGUCAUGGAGUUGUGCAAAGACCUUGACAAGAAUAAGUUACCCGUCCAUAGCUACGCACGAGUCGUACCAUGGACAAGUGACAACAAGAGUGUCAAGAUUCUCGUGGUUGAUGACUUUGACGUAGCACUGGAGCAUGUUGUAACUCAAGGAUAUGGCCAGCUUGUCGAAGCCAUGUUGCGCCGACUGAAGCCACACAUCUGGAACAGUAGAAGAGCUCUAACCAUAGCUUUUAACGAGCGGCAUGAGGAGAUUGCACAGACCUUACUGCAUUAUGGUGCGAAAGCCUCGGCUAGCGAUAUCCGGUCGGCUGUCGAGGAAGAUAAUUUGCAGAGGGUGAAGUACAUACUUGAUGCGCAGCCCGAACUUGAUGAUACAUUACAGUAAAGACACGGGAAUGAGUAUGCUGAAAGCUGUGAUCUCUAGUGAGAUGCUUUUCUAUAAGGGCUUUCGAGGACAGAUGUGCUGUAGAACGUACUCCUGGGUAUAUAAGGGGGCAGGGAGUCAACAGAGGCGCUUGAAAGGCAGGGCAGUCUAUAUCAUCGCAGUAGACUAGGGAGUGAUACUUGAGCAGGAUCUGAAGCUUGACAGUUUACCGGUAGGUUAGAGGCUCGUUAUAUCGCAUGACAAGAAACUUAGUCUUGUAUGUCGACUAAUACAUCUGGAGAGCCUUUACGAUUGGCUAGCUUGCAUACCUCAUUGGGACGAGCUCAUGA